UUUCUAAAAAUCCAAUUAAGCGUAUUCAGUUUAUGGUUGGAAGCAGACACAAUCACUUGCUGAAAUCUAAAGAAACCAACCACAUGGAGCCGUUCCCAAAAUUCGUUAUAAUAUUUCUAGCUGCCUUUAUCAAUGUGGCAUAUGGCAUGCAUAAUCCAAUGAUGCGUGAUAAUUGUAAUUUGGGAGAGCAUCUAACUUGUAGGCUUAAGUUUAUUCACUGUUGGCUGUACGCGUGCGUUUGUCUUCCGAAUCACUCUUACUUGGGACUUGGAAAUGGAUGCCUUCACAUCAGAUACGCUUAAAUAUAAGUUAUGAAAUCUAUAUUCGUUUCUUCAUUCAUCUUGAAUCAUGUGGAUAUGAUUUUCCUAUUUUAUUGUCAAAAGGAAAAUGGUCUUGCCACAACACAUAUGCAUGAACAUCCUC